AUGUCCGAAAAGCGUCCCAAUCCAUACCUACCCAAUGAGCACGAUCAACAACAACGUCCCAAAGCGAAGCGACACAAGAACGAUAAUACAAAGCACCUUGGUGGAGGAGCGAGUGCUGUUGUCUAUCGCGAUCCAAAGAAAGCGCAAAAACCAAAGCAGAACCACUUUAUGUACGGCAACUAUGCCAAUUACUACAGCAAUCGUCGCAAUCUACAGUUGACAGCUGAUCCAAGACUUGAAUUGCUUGAUGCUUCUCUCUUUGAAGGCAAACGCGUGUUGGAUAUUGGAUGCAACUCUGGGAAUAUCAGUAUUACUAUUGCUAUGGAAUAUGACGCUGCACACGUCGUAGGUGUCGAUAUCGAUCCGACUUUGAUCAACAAGGCAGAACAGCAACUUCGUGUCGCCUACUCUUUGAAAGAUCCAAAAGAUGAACACAAGCAUAUAAUGGAUAUCAGCAUGCGUUUCCACUACUUUCCACGAUCACUAUGCAGCAUGUUUGGUUACAUCCCUAUGACACUUCCUCCAAACACGCAAAGAUACCAAUUCCCACACAACAUCAAAUUUGAAGCCGCCGAUUGGAUGGAUCAAGAGGUGAGGCCUGAGGAAUAUGAUACCAUAUUGGCAUUGAGCAUUACCAAAUGGAUCCACAUUCACCGAGGAGAUCAUGGCAUGAAAGUGUUCUUCAAGCGGAUAUACAAAGCACUUAAGCCUAAUGGAGUUCUGGUUCUCGAGAUACAGCCAUUUGAUACAUAUGAGCGCCGUGCCAAGAAGGAUGAGACUACCAUGGCUAUGUUUGAAUCAAUCGAGUUUGUGCCGGAUCAAUUUCAUGAGUUUCUGAUGGAUACGGUUGGGUUCUCAAGUUACAAGACACUCAAAGUACCAGAGGGUCACAAAGGGUUUGAACGUCCUCUCACGAUUUACACCAAGUAA